GAUCCGCUCCGACAGCUCCCAGAAAAGGAGUUGAGGCGCGUGUGCGACGUGCUCCUUCCCCAAUCACGCUCACUGGGUUUUUCAAGAUACCAUCGGGGUCUCCACAGCCACUCUGGCCACAAACGAGUCUCGCACCUCGACAGGCACGCAUCGAACUCUCCUGAACUCUCGCACUAGUGACUUUAUUCAAGUGACACUCGGUAAACUCUAGAAAUUCUUAGAAUAUUAAUAUCGAUAUUAAGAUGAAACUGUCUCUGGUAUUGUGUGCGCUCGUGCUCCUGGGAUUCGCCGGCUGCAGUCCGAUUGUGAAGAGGGAGACCAAUGAGAUAAGUCCCAUUAACGAGGUUCUGGUGCUUGAGGAGCAGGGGGAUGCGGCCGAUGACGAGCAUGGGGACAGGGAGAAACGGAAAAUUGGAAUUGUCAAGCUGGGAGUCACCAAUGGAAUCAUUGGUUUUGUCUUCGGAAAACUUGACUCAUUCCUGGACGCCAAAACGAAAGCCCUAACGGUGCUGGACGAGUCCAACAAAGCCAAGAACGCAAUUUACGGUAUUGAUAAUACACAGUCGGCAACAGGUGCUUUCGUCAGCGAUAUCUUGGGAAAGAAGGUACAGGCCGCCAGUGCUGGCAUCGGCCCACUGAUCAACAGUGCGACAACGUUCGUUUCUUCUGCUGCACAGGGAAUUGUUGGGGCUGUUGCACAGAAGGUUGCACCUCUUAGUUCGAUUGUUGGAGGUCUUUCAGGAGGCUCAGGAUCAUCAGGAGGAUCAGGUGGUGAAGGAGGUGGUUCAGCCGGAGGUGCGCUAAGUAUUCUCACCAGUUUGAGCGGCAGUAGUGGAAGUCUAAGCGGUGGCAAUAACGAUGACGAUAUAAAGCCAAGUGGUGGUGCUGGUGCGGGAAUAAAUCUCGGGGCAUUCGCCAAUUUGGGUGGCGGCGGUGGGAUACGAACGACUACUGAGGAGGACAUUCCAGAGUUCGAUAGGAAUAAAGUCUCCCUGGAUGUACCUCCACAGGCUUUCGGCGCUGGAUUCACUGUUAUCACGGGUAUCAGUAGAGCUGUGGGAAAAAUCAUACAAAACUCUGCGAAACGCACGGAGCAAGUGUUUGAAGUCUUCAAGCCUCUCUUCAGAGGCGUAUUUGCGAUCAAAGGGCUUCCCUCGGACAGAGCAUAACGAAAAUAGGGAUAAAUUAAUUCUAGUGAGUGCUCAGGGACGGUCUCGACUGUCUCGGUAAUAUUUUUUACCUUACGGAGGACGUGGGACCGCCACGGGGAGAACCAAUGACGCGGGCAGGGAUCAACUAAGUUAUUUAGUUUAUGAAUAAUCAAAUUGAGUAAUGUGGUGCCAUGGGAAUUCGUCCUCUAUUGCUCAUUCCAACGUACCUUUUGUUGUUAUUUAUGUCAUUUGUUUUUUGUAUUUUUAAAAGUCUGCGGUU